GCCUGUGAGGGGAAGUCGACUCUGACCGACCAGAUCCACUGGGCUGAUGGCUUCGUAGUGGUCUAUGACAUCAGUGACCGCUCCUCCUUCAUCAAGGCUAAAGCCAUAGUACACCUGAUCAGAGAGUUAAACCUGGGAGUGGCCAAGAGGGAUGCAGACACUCUGGUGUUCCUGGUGGGUAACAAGCAGGACCUGUGUCACGUGAGGGAGGUGCGUCGAGAGGAAGGCCAGCGUCUGGCAGCCGAGUCCCAGACCCAGUUCUACGAGCUCUCAGCCGCAGAACACUACCAGGAAGUGGUCCUCAUGUUCUCGAAGAUGGUCCACAACGCCAGCCUUGGGGGCAAGGCCAAGGAGAGGAGACGGAGACCUAGUGGCUCCAAGUCCAUGGCCAAACUCAUCACUAAUGUCUUCGGGAAGCGGAGGAAAUCAGUGUGA